UUUUAACAAGAUUUUGUGUCUUCCUUCUUUGCUUCCCCGUCGCUGUUCAUUGAUUUCGCUACUUAUAGUGAGUUUGUAAAUCUCCACAGAUGUUUCUGUAUGUUCUCCUUUGCUGUGUCGGGGUCGUGCACUGUUACGGUAACGGACUUGUCAGCGCAGCGUGUGACUCUAUGACGCCUGUUCACGGGGGUAACAGCGCUCAGAGCACCAAUGCUCCGUUCAGCAUCACUACCGACAAGACCACCUUUAAAGAGGGAGAUCAAAUCACAGUAUUUUUAAGCAGCCAAUCAGGAGAUAAGUUUGAAGGGUUUAUGUUACAAGCACGUCGAGUCGGUUCUUCUACUCCCAUCGGCACUUUUACUGUGACAAGUAAUGCGCAGCUCCUUUCCUGCAAUGGAGUUGCUAAUAGAGCAGUCUCUCACACAUCAGACGAUAAAAAAAGUUCUAUUCAGGCUAAAUGGACAGCCCCUACAUCUGGACAGCUUGGCGAUAUAGAAUUCAGAGCCACAUUUGCAAAAGGUUUUUCUACCUUUUGGGUUGGUGUCAAAAGUUCUACUGUGGCAUAUAAUGGUACAGGAACUUCUUCUACAACCCCAAAUACUCCGACUGUUUCAUCAAAUCCUGAUUGUGGGAAAACCAAAGUCUGCUUCACUCAGCCCAGCAACUGUGACCCAGCUGCCAACACAGGUUGUUACUUCAUGGCAGUUCAGACAACAUCUACCCAAUCAGAAAUGAGGAUUGAAAUGUUUGGCCAGGCCAGUGGAUAUCUCGCCAUUGGGUUUUCAGAUGACCGGGAAAUGGGCAAUGAUGACAUCUACAUCUGUGGUAAAGACAGCAGCGGCAACCUCCAAGUGCAACAUGCUUUUUCUACAGGAAAAACAGCUCCAACUUUUCUCUCACUGGUGAAUGUGACUGAUAUCAAAACAGCGUUGACGAAUGGAAAUAUAAAUUGUUCUUUUACUUCUCGUAAUGCUAUUAGCACGGGAAGUAGAGCAACGUCAGCUAGCGAGUACCACCUCAUGAUUGCUGCCGGACCCUCCGCCAGUCAAGGUAACAUCCAGAUCCACACAAGUCGAUAUGUCAGUAGUACAAAGGCUAAUUUACAGGUUCCAAGCCAGGUCAUUACAGGUGCUGAAGAAUUCCCAGCGAUUCUUAAAGCCCACGGCUGCCUUAUGUUAAUCUCCUGGAUGACCACGGGCAGUAUAGGGAUGCUCAUAGCACGCUAUUUAAAGGGAGUUGCCAAGGACCACGGUUGCUGUGGUAAAGAUUUUUGGUUUAUGGCCCACGUGUUUCUGAUGGUGCUGUCAGUCAUUGCCACGGCUAUUGCAUUCAUCCUGGUGUUUGCUUAUGAAAAGGAUUGGAGUGGGGGGGCUCAUCCUGUCCUGGGCUGUUUGGUGAUGAUCCUCAGUCUUAUUCAACCCAUAGUUGCUGCUUUCCGAUGUGAGCCGCAACAUGAACAGAGAUUUGUUUUCAGCUGGGCCCAUUCCUUCAUUGCUUUAGCUAUCAAAGGCCUCGCAGUUGCUGCAAUUUUCACCGGUCUGGCACUGUUUGAAGAAUAUGUUGAGGAUGGAUGGAUGUUGAAAGUUAUGGGAGGUUUUGUUACCUGGGAGGCUCUGAUGUAUAUUCUUCAAGAUCUUAACUUUCGCGCCAAGAAAAAAGAUUCUGAGAUUUGCAAUUUCGGAUCGACGAAACCUGAAACAAUCCUGCUUAUCCUGUUCAUUUUGGGAAACCUGCCCUUCUUGAUAGCACUUCUUGUUGGAAUCGGCAGGACUUAAAUAACCCCAACAUUCUCUGGCCUUCCUCACUGAUUUUAGGUUCACUUUGUGGCUCUUUUGUUGUAUGAGUUUGUAUAUAGGUAUCUGUCCAAAAGUGUUAGUGUUCAUUUAGGAAUUCAGAUAAGCUCACCAUAAUUUCUCUUUUUUUUGUUCUUUUUAGUAAAUAUGCCAUUUCUUAUUAUUAAAAAUUCAUCACUGUGUCUUUGAGUGAGGCACAUUAACAGAUUACUGUACUGUAAAUUGCUCAUUACCGUGGAAGAACAGUAGUGAAAUUAUCUUGGGAUUUAAUCAAAGAGGCCAUUUAUUUUCUUUUAUUUUAAUACUUGAAAAAUGUUGAUUAAAACAUUUAUGGAAUAUAUUUAACAUUUUAAUACAUAUUUUUAUAUAAUUUUAGAUGUAUAUUAUUAACACAUUAUAUUAUGAUUGUUACUUAAGUGUACAAGACAACAGCACUCGACCACCAGAUGGCAGUGUCAUUAAAGGUAUUUGUAUGCAACAAAAGUCUUAUUUUUAUUGGACAUUUUCAGACUCUUCAAGGGAUGAGAUAAGAAUUUUGUUUACUUUUUUAAAUAAUAAUUGCUGAAUUGGACGCACUAAGAUGUACAGAUGAAUGAUGUUAGUUAAACUGAAUGACUAAACUAGUUAAACUGGACUAAUACGUUAGUAUGACAAAAAAGAUAUUUACAUUCUUUGAUGAAAGAUUACAUAAACACAUUUAAACAACAACAACAACAAAAAAAGAACAUGCAAAGAUUACUUGUUUGCAUUAAGACCAGGAAUGUGUAAACCCAUUAAAUUCUGAACAGUAUUUCCAGUUUAUGCCACAUUAUACAAAGAAGAGAAAGCAAACUCGUAACUACAGUAUUAGGGUUAAUGUUCACCAUGCAGUCUUGGACACUCCUCAUCCAGGACCUUACUGAGACACACCGCUGUGGCAUUCUGGUGUUGAUUUAGCAGCUUGUGUGAAGUCAGCUGGUUGGCUUUCAUCUUUUACAGUGUUGUGCCUCGUGGUUCUUGCUGUUUCAGCACAGGCCUCCUGGUGUUCGGCUGGUAAAUGUGGAGGGCAGUUGUAGAAGAACACAGGAAACUGACAUAAAAAAAGCAUAAUAGUAGCACUCUGAUGUGUGCCAGAUUCACAGGCCAACUGUGUCGGGGUCAGGGGCCGUCCUUUCAACUUGCUUUGAAUCAGAAGAGUCACGGCCAUAAUAUAUCACACUCUUCACCUCUGUAGUUUUAGCUUAUGAUAAUAACACUGAUUCACAAUUUAAAAUAUAAAUAAACAAAAACAACAGAAUUCACAACUUUUUAUUUCGAUAGUGUAGGCCUACUCAUAAUGCACUUUUAAAUGAAUGUGUAAAAUGUUUAAAUACUUGGUUAAUUUGUUACUUUCUCGUCAAUGUUAUUUUCAUCGACUAAAUGAAACCAUUGUUUAUUUGGAGUAAAACUGAUUUGACUUGAAUGUUACAUUGCCGGAUAUUUAAUAAAUUGAAACGAUAUUUUCGUAAAAAGUCAACGUCUGUGUAACACUGUGUGUGUGUCAAUCUUUUGUUAUGUGUGUAUGUAUUAUGUAUUGUACGCAUAGUGGGAUUAAAUCCCAUCUGGCCCAGUCAUUUGAGCCCGAAUGAGACUUAAAAAUGAGUAAACUAUCCUGGCCAUGCUAGACAUGUGCUUUGUGCAUAUUCAGUAAACGGUAGGCGGCCAAGCGCGGUGGAUUUAGAGGAGCAGACUGGCCAGGAGUCAGACAAAGUGGGCGUUU